CAAAUUAUGUAUGCCCUUAAUGCGUCAGUUGUUGCGCUUUGCACUGCCGACAAAUCACAGAUGGUACAUAAGAAUGAUACAAACGUUCCUUCUUUCUUUGAGUUCACUCCAAUAUCUAGAUGUGUUGGUUUGGGUGUUAUCAGAGGAAUUGACCCCAAAAGGAAGUUGUUUUAUAUGUUGACUCCAGUGUCAUCUGUGGAACUAGGUCAUGUGACUACAUUUUUGAAAGGUGAUAUGACUCUACCAAAUGAUGUACUGUUACAGGAAUCUUAUGAUACUGAUGUACCAUACGUCAUAUCAAAAUUCUCUUACUCUGUUACUGGAUCGGGUGCAGUGAAGAUACGAAGAAAUUUAUUAAGGAAAACAAGUCAAGUUAAAAAAUGAAUAAAGUCGAAUUCUUUAAUGUGUAAUAUUAAUUCACAAAAUAAUGUAAAAAAAAAUGUUAAUAAUCACUUAACUUGAGGGGGGGGC